AUGAUGAGAAUUGCAACGCCUUUGGCAUCUAAAGAUCAGUUAGAAAUGAUAAAUAAGAUUAUUGAAAAUACUACUAGUCUUGUUACUGGUAUUAAAGCAUGUACAAAAGAGAUCAAUAAAGAAAAUAAAGGCAUUAUUAUUUUGACUGCUGAUACAACACCAAUGGAUUUAAUCACACACAUACCUGCGCUUUGUGAAGAAAAGAAUGUAAAAUAUCUUUUUGUUGAAAGAAAAAAUUUACUUAAAGGUGCUUUUACCUGUCUUUUUAUAAAAAGAGAAGAUUGUCAGUCUUUUUAUUCUACACUAAAAUAA